AAACCCUUCACCAAUCAAACUCCAUCUCUUCAUCAAUCACCAUUUUCAGUCAUAAUCUGCAACAAAAACAAAAACACACGUCUAUUGGCAUUGGAGUUUUCUUUUCUCCUCGUAUUUCAAACAAGCAAAAAAAAAGCAUGUCUGUUCUUACUCCUUACAUUCCCUUUUAAUUCAUUUUUGUUUGUUUCUUAUUCUGAAUUUACAAACUAUACCAAGAGGCUUUGUUAGAAAUUUUCUAUUGGUUGUGUUUCGGAUGCUUUUAAUGUAAUUGUUUAGUUUCUGUGUAUGUCUUGUAAUUAAAAUUGAACAUAUUCGUGUUGGGCUAUUCAAUUAUCUUUUGAUUCGUCCUUGCCAAUUGAAUCAAUGAUUUGGUAACUCUGAUAGGAGUAAGGAGAGUAUCCCUCAUGGGGUCUGCAAAUGGAUUAACAAAUGGGAGAGGCGGGCAUCCUCUGUUUGCCUUUGGAGUUAUUACUGAUGUCCAGUAUGCUGAUAUCCCUAAUGGCCACUCGUUCCUCGGAGUUCCCCGGUUUUAUCGACAUAGUAUGCUCGUCUUGCAAAGGGCAGUCAAGAGCUGGAACAACAACAAGAAUCUUAACUUCGCCAUUCAUUUCGGAGACAUUGUUGAUGGGAAAUGUCCCAAGGAUCAAUCUCUAAAUGCUGUCAAAAAACUGGUAGAUGAGUUUGAAAAUUUUAAGGGUCCUGUUUAUCAUAUGAUUGGGAAUCAUUGUCUUUACAAUCUCCCAAGGGAUAAGUUACUUCCUUUAUUGAAGAUCCCGAAUCUUGAUGGCGGUCGUGCCUACUACGAGUUUUCACCAGCACCGGGAUACAGAUUUGUUGUAUUGGAUGGUUAUGAUAUCAGUGCAAUCGGAUGGCCUCAUGACCAUCCAAAAACGUUGGAGGCAUUGAAGUUCUUGAGGGAAAGAAACCCAAACUCCGAUAAAAACAGCCCAAACGGACUCGAGGGACUUGAUAGAAGGUUCCUUAUGUUUAAUGGAGCUGUUGGGGAAGAGCAAAUGGAAUGGCUAGAUUGUGUACUUCGAGAUGCAACAAAUAUGAAACAGAAAGUGGUUGUAUGUUGUCAUUUGCCUCUAGAUCCGGGUGCUUCGAGCCAAGAGCCACUUCUAUGGAAUUACGAUGAAGUAAUGGAUGUUAUUCAUCGAUAUGAUUGUGUGAAGGUUUGUCUCGCAGGACACGAUCAUGAAGGAGGACAUUCGAUUGAUUCUCACGGGAUUCAUCAUCGAGUGCUCGAAGCUGCCUUGGAAUGCCCGCCAGGUACUGAUGCAUUUGGAUAUAUAGAGGUUUAUGACAACAUGUUAUCACUCGUUGGAACAGAUCGAAUGAAAAGCACCAACAUUCAUUUCAAUCCUUAUUAAACGAGUUGCAACCGAGGUAAUGGAUGUGAUUCAUCGAUACGAUUGUUUGAAAGUUUGUCUUGCAGGACAUGACAUUUAUGACGGAGGGCAUUCAAUCGAUCCUCACAGAAUUCAUCAUCCAGUGCUUGAAGCUGCCUUGGAAUACCCUCCAGGUACCAUCAUGUUGGAACAGAUGGAAUGAAAAACACCAACAUUAGUUUCAAUCCUUAUUAGACAUGUUUUGUGGAAUGUACAGUUCAAGGUUUCAAUAUGACAUACUGUCUAUGCUUUGGAAGCUUAUAAUAAUAAUACACACCAUCUUAAACAAGAAACAUAUAAA